CAAUUGCCGCAAUUUUUUUCCUCGUGCGAUGUACAGUCAGGUACUAAAGUUCGUUUAAAGAUAAAUUUAUAAACUUUAGUAUCCGAUUGUACAGCUGUUAUAGUACCAACGACACCACCCGUUUCUUAACCCCAAAUUCACUUCCUAGAAUUGUUCGAGAGAAAAGCUUUAGGGGUCGGAGAGUGAAUUAAAAAUCCAAUAAUUCGAUUUCGUUCCAGAAUUCGAGAGGUUAUAGGUGAAAAUGUCAGAAGGAAGUGAUAAACCUCAGGUUGAGUUUCGUCUGGGACCUGAUCCGAAUGUUACUUAUCCAAUUCGAGUACAAUAUUGUGGAAAUUGUUCACUUCCCAUCGAGUACUGCGAGUACUACCCGGAGUACGAGAAAUGCAAGCAAUGGCUGGAGCGAAAUCUCCCAAACGAAUUUGAAAAAGUAAAAUUAGUGGAGGACGGAAGCACAGAGUCUGGAGGUGGUGAGGAUGAAAAGAAGCGUCAAAAAAGAGGUGGCAAGGGUAUGUUGAAAACCAAGAAAAAGGAGGACGUGCCUAAACUGGUGACAGUCUCCAGAGCCCCUCGAGGAAAGAAAAAAUCAGUGACUGUAGUUACAGGACUCAGUACCUUUGAUAUUGAUUUGAAAGUGGCAGCAAAAUUUUUCGGUAGUAAAUUCGCCUGUGGGUCUAGUGUAACAGGAGAUGAUGAAAUUGUGAUCCAGGGAGACGUCAAGGACGACUUGUUCGAUGUGAUUCCAGAGAAAUGGCCUCAGAUUGACGAGGACUCGAUAGAUGAUCUCGGCGAUCAGAAGAGAUAAUUAAUCGAUCAGCUCAAAAGCUCGCACAAUAUUUAUGAUGAAACUCCCUCGAUGUAAUGAAAUAUAAGUUUUUCUUUCUCGUAAUGAGAUGUAAA